AGCAGCUCCAGCCAAAGGAGGUCAUCAUUCGUGUUUUGGUAUCAAAGCCACAACCAACAGAUAAUCAGCUCCAAGCGUCUUGCUCUUUGGCAAAGUUGUUUAAAAAAAAAACCCUCUGAGAAAUUUCUUUCAAAAUUUCCACUCCAAAUUAUUGAAAAUCCUAUGUGUCAAUGAAUAACCGGGCCGACACCAAAGCUAAGUUAUACGCUAACAUAAGCCUAUCCAAACAUUUAUCCUCCAAGAAAGGUUCCAGAACCUCCAAUUGCGGUAACCACCUAGAAUUUUCCGUGCUAACCCUCAUCCAGAGCGUGCCCUGAUUUCUCAACACCCCUAGCAACCAAGCAAUCUAAAUUUGUCAACAUGGUCCAUAAAAAUCGUUCAUC